CUUUCCUUGAUACACUCUCUCUAUCCCCCCUUAGUUUCCUCUUGUUUGCUGUUUUCUACCAGCAAGCACUCCCCCCUCCAUCUAAUUCAUGAGCAAUGACGCGUCUAACUCCCAGCGUCUAAACCAGUCUGAGACUGGCCAGGCGUUGAGGACCUCCCCCUCCCCCUCCACCUCCUCCUCCACCGGCGGACUCUACGUCCCGCCGCAUCUGCGUAACGCCGGCGGCAACUCCGGUGCCUCCAGCUCCCCCGGGUCUCCGGGCGGCGGUAACCACCGCUCUCCCAGCGGCGCCUUCCAGAAGGGCGGCGACCGCCGUGGUGGUCGUGGUGGCGGCUUCGGGGGCAACCCCCACGGUGGCCCCGGUGCCGGUGGCCCUCGUGGCCCGCGCAACUCCCAUGCCGGUGGCCCCCACUCUGAUGGCUGGCGUGCCGGCCGUCAUGGUGGCUACGGUGGUGCCUCCGCCUCUUCCCGUGCUUCCCCGGAUCCCACCAGCCCGGAUGGCAUGGCUGCCCCUGCUGCCGGCAACGCCUACACCCCGGCGCCCCGCUGCCCCGAGCGCGAGAAGGCCCUCUUCGGUGAUAUCCAGCCGUCCGGCAUUAACUUCGAGCAGUACAAGGAGAUCCCGGUCGAGAUCUCCGGUAGCAACCCCCCCGAGCCCAUCGAGUCGUUCAAGGAGUCCCCUCUGCAUGACCUCCUGCAGGAGAACAUCAUCCUUUCCGGGUACACUGUCCCCACCCCGGUGCAGCGCUACUCCAUCCCCAUCACCCUGGACAACCGCGAUCUGAUGGCCUGUGCCCAGACCGGUUCCGGUAAGACCGGUGGCUUCCUCUUCCCCAUCAUCUCGCAGCUGAUGAAGUCCAAUGCUCCCCGUCGGGCUGGCGGCCGCUCUCGCAACCCCUCGGCCCUGAUCCUGACCCCUACUCGUGAGCUGGCCAUCCAGAUCCACAAGGAGGCCGAGAAGUUCACCUACCGGUCUCACAUCAGCUCCAUCGUCAUUUACGGUGGUGGCGGCAACAUGCAGGACCAGAUGCUCAAGCUGCGCAGCGGGGCCGACAUCAUCGUCGCCACGCCCGGCCGUCUGACCGACAUGAUCAAGCGCGACCUCAUCUCCCUGACCGACAUCCAGUUCCUGGUUCUCGAUGAGGCCGAUCGCAUGUUGGACAUGGGCUUCGAGGAUGACAUCAAUGCCAUUGUCAAGAGCUCCAACAUGCCGCCCCCGGGUGUCCGUCGGACUCUGCUCUUCUCGGCCACCUUCCCCGAGCUGAUUCAGCGCCUGGCCCAGGAGUUCCUGCACGACUACAUCUUCCUGACGGUCGGCACGAUUGGCGCUGCCUCGCACAAUGUCGACCAGACCAUCGUCAGCGUGUCGGACAAUGACAAGCUGACCUUCCUCCAGGAUCUCAUGGACAACUUCCAGAAGCGCCGCGAGUCCGAGGGUGGUCUGAUGCUGGUCUUCGUCGAGACCAAGCGCUCGGCCAACCUCCUGGACACCCUGCUGUCCAAGGCCGGCUUCGAGACCACUUCCAUCCAUGGUGAUCGUGACCAGUCCGAGCGUGAGAUUGCUCUGGAGAUGUUCCGUUCCCACAAGACCCCCUUCCUGAUUGCCACCGCCGUGGCUGCCCGUGGUCUGGAUAUCCCGAAUGUCACCUUCGUCGUUAACUACGACAUGCCCAAGGAGAUUGAUGAGUAUAUCCACCGCAUUGGCCGUACCGGUCGUGCUGGUCACCGUGGUCGUGCCAUGACCUUCUUCUCGGCCCGCGAUGCGCCGGUCGCCCCGGCUCUGGUUAACCGCCUUCAGCUGGCUGGCCAGGAGGUCCCGGAGUUCCUGCUCGCCAUGACCCGCGACGCUGGGCGCACCCAUCGCCGUGGCCCGGCGCCCGUUCGCCCGAGCUUCGCCUCCCAGGACUUCCGUGAGAACAUGCAGUCCUCGGGCGCGGCGGCGACCCCCGGCGCCGGCGGCGCGCGUGGCAACAACCGCGGCAGCGAUCACAUGCUGAUGAUGAACAACGCCGCCCCGACUCCCUACUCUUCCUUCACUUCCAACCGCGGCCACUCCCUUCCCUCCGCCUGGGACUGA